AUAUCAUCAUUAGAACAACUAAAACAACACCCGUAUAUGUCAUGUAUGGAUUUUGAUGCUAUAUAUAGAAUGGAAGUAACACCAACUUUUGUACCUGCUAAAGAUCAUUUGAAUUGUGAUCCAACAUUUGAAUUGGAAGAAAUGAUUAUCGAAGCUAAACCAUUACAUAAGAAAAAAAAGCGGCUAGCAAAACAAGGAUCAAAAACUGGUAAAGAUGUCAAAGAUAUUAAUGAUCCAAUGCAAAUCUGCCUUGAAAACAUUAAUGCUGAGUUCAAGGUAUAUAACAGAGACCGACUAAAACAAGAAAAAGAUAAAAUAGAGAAGGAUCCUGAAGUGAAAGAGGAACAAGUGGAGAACAACACUAAUAGUCCCAUCAAAGUACAGCGAAUAGAGGGUGAAUCUGUCAACACACUCACUAACAAUGAAAAUGGGGAGCACACACAAAACACUAAACCAGCAUCCCCAGAAAAAUAAAUUAUUCUGCAAAAUAAAUAUAAAAAAAUCAUAAAUUUUCAGGUUGAGAAUUUAAAGGAAAUACUUUGUACAAAUUACUGGGUAGAUAAUUUGAUGCAUUUUAUGUCUGACCACUUAAGGCAAGUGCUGUAAAUAUUGAAAC